GCUAUAAUUGGACGGAACUGUCAGCCUCUUUUUAUUUCCAUGAGCCACUCUGUGAAACUCUAUACUUGGAACUCCUCCCACUCCUAUUUACUGAUCAAAAGCGUCUUAGGGAAUUUUACCUCACUUUUACUACAACUUUACACUGGAUCAGCCCUGUGGAUUUAUCACCACUAACUUUUGUGCUGCAUUUUGGAAGCCGUUUGCAGGCUUUGAUCCCAGGAAGAUGCUGCAUUAUUUUGGCUGCUAUACCAACAUCAGACUGAGCCUGUAAGACGUGUUCUCCUGGAUGGUGUUCAUUGGCUAGCUGGAAUUUUUAAUCAGAAGUUUGUUGAUAAAGAAGAUUUAUGGUCACGAUAAGCUUUACGCAAAGAAGAAGUGAUACAAACAGACAUGCUUAUGCGAGUAGGAUUCUGUAUUUUUGCAAUUUUAACACUGAUAUUUCUUGAAGGAAGAGCACAAAUACAAAGAGCAGGCUGUAAAAAUGUCCAUUAUGACUUGGUUUUUAUCUUGGACACCUCAUCCAGCGUGGGAAAAGAAGAUUUUGAAAAGGUUCGGCAGUGGGUUGCCAACUUAGUGGAAACAUUUGAGAUUGGACCAGAGAAGACACGAGUGGGUGUUGUUCGGUACAGUGACAAGCCGACAACUGAAUUUGAUCUUGGAAGAUACACAACAGUAGAAGAUGUGAAAAGAGCUGCAAGAAACAUUCGCUAUCUUGGGGGUAACACCAACACCGGAGAAGCAAUUAGUUACAUCACCACACGCAGCUUUUCAGAGACAAGUGGUGCCAGACCAAGUGAACAGGGCAUCAAGAAAGUGGCUAUAUUAAUGACAGAUGGAAGAAGCCAAGAUUAUGUUCUGGAACCAUCCAAAGCUGCCCAUCAGGCUGGCAUAAGAGUAUUUGCAGUUGGCGUUGGGGAUGCCUUGAAGGAAGAAUUAGAUGAAAUUGCAUCUGAGCCAAAGUCGUCUCAUGUGUUUCAUGUAUCAGACUUCAAUGCCAUUGAUAAAAUAAGGGGAAAGCUAAGGAGGAGACUAUGUGAAAAUGCACUUUGCCCUAAUAUUCACGUGGAAGGAGACAGAUUUAAACCUACAAAUGGUGCAGAAAAAGAUGAAAUUCCAGGAUUUGAUCUGAUGGAGUAUUUCAAUGUGAAAGAAUUGUUUGGUAUGAAAGAAAUUGGGAGUCCAAGUUCAUAUGUGCGCCUUGGAACGAUUCCGAUUGUUCAACAAACAGAAGAUGUAUUUCCACAAGGCCUCCCAGAUGAGUAUGCUUUUGUGACCACAUUUAAGUUCAGGAAAACCUCAAGAAGAGAAGACUGGUAUAUUUGGCAGAUUAUUGACAAGUAUGGGAUACCACAGGUGUCUGUUCGUUUGGAUGGAGAGAACAGGGCCGUGGAGUACAAUGCAAUUGGAGUCACCAGAGAUGCCGUGAGAGCCGUCUUCAGGAAUCCAGAAGUAGCUGACCUGUUUGAUCGUAACUGGCACAAGAUAGCCUUAAGCAUCCAAGCGCAGACGGUGUCCCUGUACCUUGACUGCAAACUCAUUCAAACUAUGCCCAUAGAAGAGAGGGAAGAUAUCGACAUCCAGGGAAAGACUGUCAUUGGCAAGCGUUUGUAUGACAGUGUUCCCAUUGAUUUUGACCUCCAGAGAAUGGUGAUUUACUGUGACUCGAGACAUGCAGAGCUGGAGACUUGCUGUGACAUUCCCACUGGUCCAUGCAAAGUCACAGUUGUGACUGAGCCACCAUUCAUAAUACCCACAACACCACAAAGUGGAGAGCAACAUGGUGGCAUCAAGACUGUAAACUGCUCAUGCCAAGCUGGAGAAAAGGGGGAAGUUGGCCCACCUGGACUUGACGGUCCCAGAGGUCAAAAGGGUGAGACUGGAAAUCAAGGUGCAUUUGGGCCUGCUGGAGCUAAAGGACAAAAAGGAGAAGCUGGUUCAGCGUCUUCAGUUAAAGGAGAUAAAGGGGAAAAGGGAGAUGGUGGAGAAAAAGGAGAGCCUGGAUCAAGAGGAGACAGAGGUGAAAAGGGUGCAAUUGGUCUAUCUGGUCUUGCAGGAAAAAAAGGAGAUAGAGGAGAAAAGGGAGAUCCAGGGGAAGCUGGAGAUCCUGGACUUCCAGGACCACUUGGACCCAAGGGAUCACAUGGAGAUGCGGGACUACCAGGAUUGCCAGGAUCGGGAGGGGAACCUGGAAAAAGAGGGGAUAAAGGUGAAAGAGGAAAUGAUGGAGAAAAGGGUGAACUAGGCUUAGAUGGAUCCCCUGGAAAACCUGGCGUCCCUGGAAGAGAUGGCCUAAAAGGAAGUAUGGGCUUCCCAGGCGUAAUUGGACCUAAAGGAGAAAAGGGUGAAAUGGGACCGGCUGGAAUACCAGGAGACGCGGUUCAUAGUUUGGGUUUGAAAGGGGAAGCUGGACCACCUGGUCCAAGAGGGCCUCCAGGACCUCAUGGACCCAUUGGACCACCGGGUCCACCUGGUGCAGAUGGCAAGUUUGGAGAACCAGGUUUACAAGGUCAAAGGGGCAAGAAGGGAGAGGCUGGUUUACCUGGCGUAGACGGAUUACCUGGACCACCAGGCCCUGAAGGACCUCCUGGAAAACCUGGCCCCCCUGGACAUACUGGACCUCCUGGGUUACCAGGAGAAAUUGGAUUUUCUGGAAAGCCAGGAGAACCAGGAAAACCAGGAUUACCUGGAAAGGAUGGUUUGGAUGGUCUGCCAGGAAAUGAUGGGCCAAAGGGUGAACCAGGGGAGAGAGGUUUAGAUGGUUUCCCCGGUAAACAUGGUCCCAAGGGUGAAGAAGGCUCACCUGGGUCUAGAGGUUUACCAGGGGAAAAGGGUGAAGCUGGUCAACCAGGGUUAAUAGGAUUAACUGGACUCCGGGGAGAACGAGGUGAACAAGGUGAACGAGGAAGACCUGGCCCCCUGGGACCUAAAGGUGAAAAAGGAGACAAGGGUGAGGCAGGACCAGUUGGCCCUCCAGGUUCUCCGGGAAGUACUGAAACAGCAGUGGGUCAGCCUGGAGAACCAGGAGAACCUGGGCAAACAGGAGACAAAGGAGACAAAGGGCAACCGGGAGAUCCUGGUCAAAGAGGUGCCCCAGGUGACCAAGGGCUCAUUGGCCCUCCAGGACUACAGGGAGCAAAAGGAGACCAAGGAGCAAAAGGAGCACCAGGAGAAAAUGGAGAACCAGGCCCUCCUGGCCCACAGGGUCCUCAAGGUGCACGUGGAUUGCCAGGAAAUGUGGGCAUUCCUGGAAUUGAUGGCUUACCUGGAAAUGAUGGGCAAAAGGGAGAAAAGGGUGACCCUGGAAAGGAAGGAAAACAAGGACCAUCUGGUCCAGCAGGAGAGCAAGGUGAAGCUGGAAUCCCAGGAUUGCCUGGAAAGGGAAAAGACGGUCAACCCGGAGAGCCUGGUGCCCAAGGCCUGCCAGGGCCACAAGGACCCAAGGGUGAAGCUGGGUCUCCUGGAUUACCUGGACGUAUUGGAGAGAGGGGUCCACCUGGAACAGCGCUGCCAGGACUACCUGGACCUCCUGGUAGUCAAGGAGAAAAAGGGCCACAGGGUAUCAGAGGUUUACCUGGAGUUGCUGGUCCACAAGGUCCUCCUGGGCAUAAUGGUUUGCCUGGACGACAAGGAGAAAGAGGAGAUCCUGGAGAGCCGGGGAGGUCACCGGAAUUGUCCAAAAAAGACCUGGAAGGCCUUCUUAAAGAUGUCUGCAGUGAUUGCCCUCCUGGUCCUGCAGGAUUGCCAGGUGUAUCAGGUUCUAAAGGUGACAAAGGGGCAGAAGGCGCUCCAGGAAAGGAUGGACGAGACGGAUAUCAAGGACCACCUGGCCCUACAGGUCCUGCAGGUCCAAGGGGUCUUGAUGGAAUAAAGGGCAGUAAAGGCGAUCCUGGCAGACCAGGAGAAAAUGGAGAAAAAGGAGAAAAGGGACUUCCAGGUCUCCCUGGCUAUCCAGGACCAGUGGGUGCUGCAGGACAACCAGGUGCAGAUGGUCUCCCUGGACUAGCUGGCCCACCUGGAGCCCCUGGUGAGAAGGGAAAAGAAGGUCUCAAGGGCAUCCAGGGUCCUCCAGGUCUUCCAGGAUUAAUGGGAUUACAUGGAAAGGAAGGAAAAGAAGGCAAGCAAGGAGAGCCUGGAGAGCCGGGCAAGCAAGGAGAGAUUGGCCCUCCAGGCAGAGAUGGCCUCAGAGGAACUCCUGGAUUUAAAGGACACCGGGGUGAGCCAGGCAGUCCUGGUCCAAGGGGAGAACCUGGUAUGAUGGGUCCACCUGGAAAAUCAGGAUCUCCAGGAAAAGAUGGUGAUCCUGGUGCACCGGGACAACAAGGUCUUCGAGGGCCAAGAGGGGAAGAGGGUAAAAGUGGACCAUCUGGCCCUGCUGGAAAAGCUGGAGCUGUAGGCCCUCCAGGACCUCCAGGUGGUAAAGGGGACUCUGGAAGUCCAGGAUUACCAGGCUUUAUUGGACCCAGGGGCCCUCCAGGACCUGCAGGAGAGAAAGGACUUCAGGGAAAGGAUGGAGUCCCAGGAAAACAAGGAGAACGUGGCUCCAAAGGAGAAAGGGGCGAUGCUGGAAUUAAAGGAGAGAAAGGACCAUCAGGAGAUAAAGGACCACCAGGAGAACCUGGAUUACCUGGCAUUAAGGGGCACACUGGAAUGAUGGGAAUGCAGGGUCCCCAGGGAGAGAGGGGUCCUUCUGGAGUUCCAGGGGCCCCUGGUCAACCUGGUUUUCCAGGACCUAGGGGAGAGUCCACAUCACUAGAAGAACUACGAAGACUUGUCCAGGAAGAGUUAUCAAAGCAGCUGGAUGCAAAAAUGGCCUACCUCAUGGCUCAGAUACAGCCCGCACAUGUUAAAUCUUCACCUGGCCGACCAGGUCCUCCAGGACCUGCAGGAAAAGAUGGUCUACCAGGCAGAGCUGGGCCACCAGGUGAGCCUGGGCCUCCUGGGCAGAAUGGCGAGGGUCCGCAAGGACCACUUGGUCCUAAAGGUGAAAGAGGAGCAAAGGGAGAGAGAGGAGAAGCUGGUAUUGGCCAACGAGGAGAAAUGGGUCCACCUGGUCCUGUUGGGCCUCAAGGUAUUCCUGGAUAUGGAAAAGAUGGAGUGCCAGGCACAGCAGGGACUCCUGGAGAGCCAGGAAACACUGGACCACCUGGGCCUCUCGGACCCCCAGGUCCACCUGGACAAUGUGAUCCUUCUCAGUGUGCUUAUUAUGCUAGUCUGGCUGCAAGACCAUCAAAUGUCAAGGGGCCUUAAUGAACAGUGGGCAAUUUAGAAAAAAAAUGUAAUAUAUAUAUAUAUAUGUAUGUGUGCAUGUAUAUAGAUACAGUGUAUACACAUACACAUAUAUAAAAUUAUGACAUGCAAAUAAAUGAAAAUGUUUUGAGUCUUUGAACAAAAUGUUUAGCAGCAGCUGCUGGUCAGACUUUUUUCAUUUAUGUUAAAAUGUUUUUGGAUUUUUACCUACAUAUCAACAUUGAUUUGCUGCAAAAUUAAACUUGCUUUCCAGAAAACAAACUAGAUGAAAUUCUUCUUUGAGGUCAUGGCUGGAAAUUAGAAUUGAAUUUCUUGAAGGCACUGGUACCCCACAUUUCAUAUGAAUCACAAUUCGCUGGGCUAACAACAUUUAAGCUCUUUGUCUGUGUGAGACCUCAAUCACUUGUGAAAUUCAGUCUGUUAUUUGGUCUUUCUUACAAAGAAAAGAUUUAUUUUUUAACAUAAUUUUGAUUAUGCAAAACAUUUAAUUAAUAAGCUUGUAUUUUAUUUUAUAAGCUUCUUAAUGACAGCCAAGGAGUCAUAUCAGAGCUUUAUGCCAAUAACUCGGUCACUCUUCAGGGUAAAACCGUACCUAAAAAGAAGUUCAAUUUGUGCCUUAAUGAAGGCCAAGUAAAACAGAUGAGGAACAAAGAAAUGUAAUCUGCACAGAGUACGUGGCCAAAACAGUGGUAACUGUGCUAUGAAGUCAGGACUGUGGCAUCUCCUCAACUGAACUGUCACCCCAUGUCCAGUACCUUCACCACAAAAAAUACCAGUAUGGGUUUUUAACCUAAACAGCAUCACAUCACUCUUAUUGAGAGAUCUAAGGUCCAUGUAAAUCAUCAACUUGUGCAAACAAACUCUUCAGUGUAUCUUAAAUGAUGCCAAAACCUAAGCAUAAUUCUACAAACAUAAACAAGACUCUGUUUAGUUUCUGUUAUAUUACUUUUAAUGUUACUGACAAUGUUUUUAUGCCCCUCGAUUGUUGACUGUUAGUAUUCUAGUCGCAUAUGUUUAAUUCAAGUCUAACAAGACUUUUUAAAAAAUCACUUUUAAUCUUGGUUCAGUCAGAUUAAUAAGUAAUGAUUCCUGUAUACAUGAAAUUAGCUCCUACCGUAUUGUCUUUCUGUUCAAACAUGUCAGCCCUCCAAAACUAGUAACCUUUCUGUGCCUUUUGAGUGUCAUUUGACUAUUACAAAUCUUUAUUUCGCAGACGCUUUUACACAAGAUCAAGCAACAUUACAUUAUGUUUUUCUUUCUUUCAUUAUUCAUUUUUUUUCUACAGUUGGCUGGUUAGGUGCUUUGCUCAGGGUUACACAGUGUGCCAAAGGCAGGAAUUGAACGAGCAUCAAUAGCCACUGUCUCCUUUAAAAAUGUGACGACUUUUAUUCAAAAACACUCGACUGAAAAUGCAGCUAGUUAUUUUUGACUAUUCAGGAUCUAUUUCCGAUAAUUUGAUUCUACAGUACUCAAAGAUCUACACAGUACAACUUUAACAAUUAAUAUGUGUAGAACAGAAUAUAAAUACACAACCUUAGAGAAGUGUUUAUGAGUGGACACAGAGAAGACUUUACUUUAAUCUAGUAUAGUUAAUGUUAAAUUGAAUAUUCAAAAAGCUCUAAAAUCUUAAACUCUUUUGUGAUGACCAAGUUAAAAAGAAUGAGGUGAAAUGAAAAAGACUUGCUGUAGUAUAUAUAAUGUAUAGAGGAUGUUUAUUAUCCACAAAUUAAAUUGAAGCGUCUCUUUAUUUUUUCUUUUUUAAAUAGUAAUGGCUUACCAAUAUCUAAUGUAAGAGAAAAUCUUACACAUUGUUGGCUUUUCACAAGGACGUGUACAUUUUCCUUUAACAAAGUCAGAACAGAAGAUAUAAUCGCGGAAAUAUUCCUUGUUUGUUAUUAGUCGCACUUACUGUUUUGUAUUUUAUUGGUUUUUAUCAGCUACAAAGAUCCCUCAAAAAAUGUCUUUGGGACUCAUUGUCUCUUUCAGGUAAAAUCAUUUCUCGGGUCUUUGUCUACAAAUCUGCUUCAUGUUUGCUCAGGUUUGGCAAAGUUCAAAUAUGUUGUUGCUACUGGUUUUUUUUAUGGUAAUAAAUGAAAUAAAACUCACACAAAAAAACUGAAGCGCUAACUGUAGCAGUACAUUUGCGGAAAUUGUACAACAUCUGGAACAUUCUACACCUCAAAUCAUUUUGCGCAGUUAAAAUUUCUCGAUCUCAUUUUGUGCAAUAAGCCACCACCGUUUACAAAUAAAGCAGAUACAUUUAAAUUAUAAUUAGUUUUGUUUGAAACUAUAAACCCAAUUUACACAACUAUAAAUAAUUUAUAUAUAUAUUAUAUACAGCUGAAUUAUCUCUUUGAAAUCUUUUAACACAGUACAUUAGACGUUGUUAUUUAUUUAAUUUUGAGGCUUGUGAAACUGGAUGGAAGGAAUCGGUUUUGCAAUAAAAUAUUUAUGGUAAAGGUGCUAUUUUCCCCUUACGGGUUCUGGGGUUGCUAUGUUGUUGUUUUUAGUAGAUGUAUAAAAUAAUUAUUAGAAUCACUCAUUAUUCAUGUUUUUGUCUUAUCUUUGCUAACAUUUAUUUUGACAAUGUACUGUAAUUCAGUAUUUAUAUUUUGGAAAGCAAGUGUUUGUGAUACCUUUUAGAACAAUAUUAAUCUGAAUGUUUGGCUUUGGCUACACAAUGCAAACUGGUGCUGUUUAAUAGAAACAUUUAUUCUUGCAUAUAACAGUAAUACUUUAUAAUCUGUUGGGUAAAUAAGUUGAAAUAUGUGACAUGUUCAUGUUUCAUAAGAAGAAAAAUUGUAAUUAAGUAUACCCUGCCUAUUUGGGAUAAAAUGAUCCUCACUUUUUCAGGUGCAAUUUUGUUUUUUUGAACAUAUCUAGUAUUUUAAGGAUUAGGAAGUGCAGAGCUUCUUAAGUAUUUUUGUACACUUUUUCCAGUUCAGGAGUAUUCAUGUUAAAUUACCAAGGCAUUUGAUGACAUUUCUAUUAACUACUCAUCUCAAGGUUAAAAAAGGUUGCCAUUUUUGAGACAGCAAAUGCUUUUCACUGCAUAGAUUUUCGCCAUGUUUAUUCAAAUUGUCAGAACUUUGUUUUUUUUUAACAUGAUUAUCCAAAGUAAUAAAUGUUCCAAAAUUUUAAAUCUCCUAUUAUUAUUUGUAUUUCUUUCAAACUUAUAUUAUUACAUUACGUACAGUGACAGAGAACCUAAAAGAAUUGAAGUGGGAGUGUAUUAGAUUAAAAUCAAAAAAAGGAGAAUUGAAGUGAGAAAGUUAAACUAUUAUAAUGAAGAUGCACAAAAUAAAGGCUUCAUUGUUAUAAUGGACUAUUUAUUAACAUUUUUUCUGCUUAUCCGUUGCUUAAAAUCAGAAAUAUGGCACUUCAUUUGGGAGGUUUUGUGGCUGCAAGUUACAAAUCUGUUAUUAAGUUUUUUUAUUUGGUUUUCUUAUUUUAAUAUUCUCAUUAUCGCCACCAUUGGGUUUUGAUGACGAUCUGCACCAUCUUAUUAAUUUUUGUUCUUUAAUAAACACUGUCAACGUUUUGUACUGGGAA